AUGGGGAAAUGCAAAGGUUUCUGUUUGGAGGACUUACCCUGCAACCAACCUUGUGAUGUACCCUUUCAUGGAGAAAUAGGGUUUAUAUGCAAGAAUCAAAAAUGGCAAAAGUCCACUGAAACCUGCACCAGUCUUUCUGUGCAGUCUCUCUUUGAGGAUUCCACGGGCCUUAGCGAGGUAGCUGGUCGUCCAGGCUCGCUGCCGAGAGGUGGGGAGAGGAUCGAGAGCGCUGUGCAGGGAAUCGGCGAACGCUGCCCCGCCGACUAUGCCUGCAUUGUUGGCGGGGUGCAGGCCUCGGAGGCCACAUCUGGAAACAUUGCCUUCAUAGUGGAGCUUUUACAAAACAUCUCCACACAGUCAUCGGGGGACGUCAACAGAGAUCAAAUGCAGAGCUAUAGUGCGGUGGCAAACCACGUUCUCAACAGAUCCGUCAUUUCCAACUGGGCCUUCAUCCCCGACAAAAACGCCGGCUCCGUCCUGCUGCAGUCGGUCAAUCUGUUUGCUAAGAACCUGUCGAUCCCCGAGGGGCCAGAAGUCGUCUCCGACCAGCCCUUCAUCCAGAUCAGAGGCUCCAGGCUUCUCCCCAAUGCCUCGGGGAAGACUUUCUAUUUCUCCUUUAGGGUGGACGCCUCAGAGAGGCCGUUUCUGGGGGCCGUGCUCAUCCCUCGGGAGGAGCUGCAGAAGCUUCCGGCUUCUUCCCCGGCCGUCGGUAUCGCUUUCCCCACCCUGGGGGCCAUCCUCGAGGCCAGCCGGAGGUGGGACGAGGCCACUCUGGGGCCUGUGAACGGGUUGCUCCUCUCAGCGGUUUUACCGGAAGGGCUGACGCAGAUUCUCCUGGUCUUUGAGAAGAUGGAUAAAUCUCAGCCCUCUCCAUCUAAGUGUGUGGGCUGGCACUCAGAGAGGAGGCGAUGGGACGAGGGGGUCUGUGAGACCCAGACGGAUGCCCGAGAGAAGGUCACCUGCCGCUGCACCUGUGCUGGCCCCCUGACGGCCUUCUCCAUCCUGAUGUCGCCUAAGACGAUAGAAGACCCGGUCCUGUUUUACAUCACCUGCGUGGGCCUCGGAGUCUCCAUCUUCAGCCUGGUCCUGUGCCUGCUGAUCGAAGCCGCUGUGUGGCCGCAGGUGACCGGGACGGAGAUAGCGUAUGUGCGGCACGUGUGCAUUGUGAACAUAGCCACGUCUCUCCUUUUGGCAGACGGCUGGUUUGUCGCCUCUCUGUUCUUCAACGGCAGAACGUGGAAACACAACUGGUGUGUAGCUGUAACAUUUUUCAGCCACUUCUUCUACCUCUCCUUGUUCUUCUGGAUGCUCGUCAAAGCGCUCCUGAUCCUCUACUGGAUACUGGUCGUCUUCCGCAGGCUGCGGAAGUCGGUCCUGACAACGGGCGCCUUUGCCGUCGGCUACGGCUGCCCUCUGGUCAUCGCCGCCAUCACGGUGGCAGCCACCGAGCCGGGGAAGGGCUACGUGAGGCGGGAAGCCUGCUGGCUCAACUGGGAAAACACACAGGCCCUGCUGGCCUUCGUGGUCCCGGCCCUGAUCAUCGUCGGUGUCAAUCUGGUGGUGGUUCUGGUCGUCGCCGUCAACACCCGGAGACCCUCCAUCGGCAGCUCUAAAUCUCAGGACAUGGUCACCAUCGCGAGGGUCAGUAAAAACGUGGCCAUCCUCACCCCUCUCCUCGGGCUGACUUGGGGCUUCGGCGUUGCCACCGUUGUGGACGGCAGCUCCCUCAUCUUCCACGUCAUCUUCUCCCUGCUCAACGCUUUCCAGGGCUUAUUCAUCCUGUUGUUUGGAACUGCUCUGGAUCAAAAGACGAGAGAAGCCUUAAAGGAGAGAAUGUCUACACUGAAAGGGAAUUCCAGGACAGAGAUGUGCUGCAAGAGAAGAAUAUGGAAGAUCACGUAAGGGGAGAAGCUGAGGGCUGGACAUCAGAAGAUCAUUUUUUCCAGCAGCUUUAUGGAUGGGCUGGGGGUCUUGGGGUUUCACCCAUUCCAAAUGGCAUGAAGAAAGAGUGAUCCCAGGAACCAGCCCCCCCUGACAUGGAACAUCUCUUGAGCCCAGGGGCUGCUGGGAAUGCCUGAUUGCUUGGAGACCUUAAUUUUGUCUGCCCCAUCUCACGAGUUCUCUAGGAGACCAGUGAUUCCCCUUGCCAAGCUUGGUUCAAUGCUACUUUCCCAUGGAUUGAAUCCUAGGGUCUGUUGGGAGAUGGGUCAGUUGAGGGACUCUGCUCGGGAAGAACUAGUGGCAUCAGGAUUCAGAAGAGACAGUGUGGGUUGGAAGAAAGGAAAGAGUCUGGAAGUUCCACUCAGGCUACAGACAAAGACUGAACCUUAAAUCCUAGGCAAGUCACUCUGCCUGGUGGCAUCUCCAGUUCUUCACCGAUGAAAUGUGAAUAAUGAUCAUUCCGUGUGUGUGUGUGUGUUAACAUGUAAAAAGUGCACACUUGUGGUUGUUAUUAGGAAGAAUAAAUGCCCCAGAGGCAAGAAG